AUGUCCGAGCUCGACGCUGACCUCUAUGGCGAUUUAUACGGAAACGACGAGGCUGACUUUACGGCUGCAGUGGAGUUAAACGAAACCAAGGCUGACAUACAGAAGCCAUCCGAGACCUCGACCGAAACACCUGCAUCCACCGUCUCACCCCGCACAGAACCCAGGCAGGAACCACUUUCAAGUUCAAUAGCUGCCCCACGGCCGAAGUCGGAGCCUACGACCCAACCAACCUAUCAACCCAUUCCGACUCACUCGAGUCCGAUAUCCUAUUCGUCAGCGCCACAACAAAUUCCCACGUAUCAACAGCCCCAGCCUUCCGAUGGUCUCAAGUUGGAUCCACCACAUAUCCCAGAACGAAGUAUCCGACCUUCUGAGAUGAAGGAUGAAGGACCUUCUGUGGUCGCCGCUGCUGUCGCAACUUGUGGGGUUGUCUCAAAGAAAUUGUUGGCCCACCAGUCAACUAGCUCUGUAGUCGGUCACGUCGUCGUCACGCCUAGCUACUCAGCUCUGUCGACUAAGACUAGGCUAGCUCUACCGUAUCCACUUCCCUACGUCUAG